AAAAAGGUUAAAAGCAGCUAGCGCGCACGUAAAGCAGGCAGAGCCAUCACAAUGAUCGCUGCGCACGUCUUAAUAUUCUGCAUCGUCGGCGUUGCCGCUGCAAGCUGCCUUUCAGAUGAACCUGUGAAGAACAAGUUUUAUGCUCGCUUCUUCCCGCGUGAGUUCGACCCCAAGCACGAGCAAGGCUACUACGUGAUGCCCCGUACCACGGCCGAGGCCAAGGCGGACGGCUGGGCGGCCGUGCCGGGACUCCGCAACGACGCCACGACCCUCUGGGCCCGCCGUGGAGACUACCGAGUGUGCCUGCUGUUCGACAAGCAGGGCAGCGUGGCCGGCAUCCAGGUGUCGGCAUCAAAGGCCGCUCUGAAGAAGUCGGGAAUUCCAUUGCAGUACGAUAAGAACGACUAUUGGUUCUCUCAGACGCUUCUUGGAGUUGAAGUCUACAGCGCAACCGCUUAUUUCGUGACUACUCGUAAGUUCGGCUGGAUGCUUUGCUCUCUCACCGGACUUAUGCUAAGAUUGGCGUUAGGGGCUGCCACAACUAACAGUACGAAGCUAAGGGCAUCUGAAGCCCCCAUUACUCCCCCCCCCUCUCAAAAAAAGGCAAAUGCGCUUAGAGUUUGACCAACCAUAAGGGAG